AUGGAGCUGGCGGGAUACCCUGCAGUUGUGGCUGUCGUUGCGGGUCGCUUUCCUCUGCUCUUCUCUGUGCUCGCGCGGUUUGAGCAAGACCUCGGCGUCGCUCAUGCAGAGCCGAUGAGCGUCGCGGGUGUCGCAUGGGACGUCUGGUGCCGCAGCAUGUGGUUGGCUAACGCGUGCGCUGUGGAGGACAUCGGCUACCGGGCACUGGCCACUCUCGCCUCUCUACCGCAGCUUUUGCGCAGCAUGGAGAAGGAUGGCAACGACACUGUAAACGAGGUUUGGUCGGUCCUGCAUGUCCUCUCGUGGGCGGUGCGCUGCUCGGCGAUCGGCGGCUCCGUGGCGACACUUCUGGAAAGCUGCGAGGAGUUCUGGCUGCUCGUGAGGUCGGAGGUGGCGACGGCAGGGCGACACAUCGGCGUGCAGCUCGUCCUGCUAGACCUCCUCAGCGCCUUGGCGCUUCACGUCGCUUUCUCAACGCCACUCCACAGGCGGCUCGUGGCGCUGGUGGCGGAGCUGACACAGCUACCACUCCCUGUGCACUUUCACACGGCCGUGAGGCUGUAUUACGGAUGCGCGGUCGUCGAGCAGGAGGACGAGGGCGCCGCCAUGGAGAAGGCGCACGAGCAACUCCGCGACGCGUGGGCACGCCUGACACAACAGUCUGCCCUCAUCCCACCUGCGCUGCAGGCGGCAGAGUGGAUUGUCGGGGAAGAGGUGAAGCAGAGCCUAGAAACCGCCAGGCAACUUCAUCGCCUUCUCCGCAGCAGCUGCAGCGGUACCGCCCCCGACGUGAAGGCUAUAACGGCAUUUCGGAAGAAAGCAUGUGAACUGCCGGCGGUGCUUCGUGCUUUCUGCGUACACGCGCUUCCUGGGAACCCGCUUCUGUGGCUGCACCGGGCCCUCGCGAACUCCUCAAAGGCGCACCUCGUCGCAGCGAUCACCGACACACUCGCCGACGUCGUCGUCGACGCGGCGCCAGAGAGUGAGGCAGCCGAGACGACGGGCGCUGGGCACGCGCACGUCGGCAACAACGCGUACGCGCAGCUCUUUCUACAGCAGCUGUGGGUGAGCGGAAUGAGUGUGUCGCUGAGCGCUCUGCUGAACCGGCGCGACUCGGCCAUCACGGCGGCCGUGAUGCGACUGCUGCAGUGGAUCGCCAUCCGCACCCCACAUGAAGGCUCAAUGCGGCGUGUUUUGCUUGGUGCCCCUAGCAUGUCUCUCAUCGUCGACGUCUUGGCCGGCAUUGCCAAGAGCGAUGCGGUGAAAGGGGAACUCAAGAAAAAGGCAGUGCGGGCCGUGGUGGAACACGCUUUCUGCCUGGUAUGCGCGUUGGAUCACGCAGAGCUGACAAGCGUCUUCAACGACUCGCUCCUCAUGUCUACUCGCACCCUCAUCUCCGAGGGAAAAGACGAUCCCACUCUCCUGGACCAUGGUCUACGCGCGCUUGUCCACCUCGCCGCGGCCUUCCCGAUGGCGGCGUCGAUGGCCCUGGACUUCGACUUUCUCGCCGAGCAGUGCGCCAUCGCAGACUCACCAGCGGUGAGCGUUGGUGCCCUCAUCGUGGGCUCGCUGAAUGUGAUGAGUGCCAUCGUUGUCCAGCAGCCAGCCGUGGUUACUUUUGAGUGGAUCGAAGCCCUGCUCGGCAUUCUGCAGAACCUCGACGGGUGGCGGCAUAGCGUGCCGGACCUGGACGUCACUCUGUGGCGAUGUGUGCGGCAUACCAUCGAGGCCUCCGAGGACUGCAACGAGUACCUCUUUACGGAGGAGACGCACAGGGUGCUUCGAAACGAGCUGGAGAGCAUGAAAUGCGAGGGUGCGCGCCUACACGACAUUAUGCCAUCCCUUCUCACCAUUGCCGCCCACAUUCAGCCUUUUGAGCAUCCACGAUUGAGCGCCACGACCUAUGAGGCGAUCAAGCGUGUGCCGGUGGCGCAGUGGACGGAGGACAUAUGCGACGGUGCCCUCCGCUUCCUUGUCGCGUCGUGUCCGUCGUUGGACUCCGACAAGGCGGAUGAAGCUACUGCAAGGCAUGCGGUAACGGCGGCCGCGGCCGUCCUCUACGGGGCUGAGCUGUCAAAUGUCCGUCUGCCGGCCAGCGCCUGGGAUGACUUUGCGCGGGGGCUUUCCGAAAAGGGCCUCGCCACUGACGCCGUGACGGAGCUCUUCGAUCUGGCACACACUGCCGCGUCGGCGUUGUCCGCGUCAGGCGCUGACAUGGCCGCUUCUGAGGCGACGAAGUUACGCAGCAGCAUUCUCCCGCUUCUCCGCAAUCUGUUUGCCACAUGCCCAACGGUUCGAUCGCCGGCAGCAGCGGAACGUGCUCAGGACCUGUGCAGCAUUCUGGCGGGUGAUCUAUCAAGCGCAUGCACGCCGCAGCUGCUCCAAGCCGCUCUGCUCCUCGUGGAGGACACUUGUGCCAGCAGCAUUCAUGCUGGCACAACACCGGAGAGCAUCGAGAUGCGGCAAGUAUGGACGUGUCUGACGAACAUUGCGCAUCAGGCAGUUGGCAAGGAGGAGGACGAGGCGUGGCGUACCGUCUUGAGCCGCGUCUACGCAGCCGCGCAUACCCUCAUUCUCACCUCCUCCGUCGUGCCUAUUGUGAGCGAGUGCGACCCUCGUGUGGACUUCGUAGGCAAGUGCGUAUUGCUGCAUGUGUCCAUAGCGGAGUGCGCUGCCCUGCUCCAGACGGUGCUCAACUAUGACGACGCGCGUGCUAGCCUGCGGCGGGACUACGGCGAGUCUUACUCAGCCGCACUCCAGCGCAUCGCAGACCCCACUCAUUACGCGAGCGGGCUGGUGCCCCUCUCGCUACAGCAGUAUCUGGGGGAAGUGACGCAGCGCUGA